AUGGAUGAAGACUACUCGUCGGGCUCCCAAGAGGCGGAGCGUGAAAUGUCCAGGCUGUGGCGCACCUGGAGGACGGUCUUCGAGAUGCUCCUGGACCGGGGCUACGAGGUGACGGAGGAUGAAGUCCAGAUUCCAUUCGAGGAGUUCAAACAGAGAUUCUCCGACCCCCUUGGAUACCCUGACCGCAGCAAGAUGAAAAUCACCGCCCGUCCCACCGAAGCGAUGAUUAAAAAAUACACUCCCUUACCAACCAAGUCGAAUCCCAACCCCCAGCCCGAGUGCGGCACCAUCUACGUGGAAUUCUGUCCGGACGCCACCGGCGUAGGCACCAAGCAGGUUCGCGCAUUCAACCACCUGAUCGACGAGCAAAACUUCCACUCCGGCAUCUUCAUCACGCAGACCCCGAUCUCGCCUUCUGCUGUCCGUCUGCUCAGCGGCAUUCCCGGCCGGUUCUGCGAGCAUUUCCAGGAGCAGGAUCUCCUGGUGAAUAUCACCCGCCACGAGCUUGUCCCGAAACACGUCCUGUUGAGCGCUGAGGAAAAGGCCCGGUUACUAGAGCGGUACCGCCUGAAGGAGUCGCAGCUGCCUCGAAUCCAGGUAUCGGACCCGGUGGCACGGUAUCUGGGUCUGAGAAGAGGUCAGGUGGUGAAGAUCAUCCGGAAGAGUGAAACGGCCGGUCGAUACGCCAGUUACCGAUGGGUGAUAUAA